CCGCGUCCUCCUCGAGGACUGCCGAUUUUUGGAGACCCUCAAAGACAUGGCGGUGUGUGAUCCCUUGUCACGGAGCUACGUGCUGCUCCCGCCCAUACCGACGGACCUCGCUGUCCAGGAAGAGCACCCACUUGAUAUCGUGCCCAUCCUUGCUCCCAUUGGCGAUGAUGAAGAUGAGAUGUCGUUCAAGGUGAUAUGCUUAGCCACCUAUGGUUCCAAGAUAACCGCGUUUGUCUUCUCGUCUGUCACACAGCAAUGGUGUAUAGCUGCAUCUAUCGCUCGGAGUUUGUCAGGCGUGGACUAUCGUCCCCUUGGACUGCGCAUGUCUCCCACUUAUGGGUUCCGUGGCUUGUCCGGUUUCGACAACGUGCGCGGAUGCUUCUACUUGGCGUCACCUUGGUUAGACAAGUUGUUCGUGCUGGACACACAAAGAAUGGAGUUUUUCACUGUGAACUAUCACACCGGCUAUGAUAUACUGCUCACACAUCUGCCUGGCCGGAUACUCAAAUUUCUCGCCAGUUACGAUAAACCCCCUAGAAUUCUACCUGGCCAGAACAGAAGUUUGCCUGGCAUUGUAGUAGGUAGAGAAGGAUAUCUCGAGAAGUUUUCUCUCGUCGGUGAUCACAGCCCAAAUGGCUCAUUUGAUCUCUAUCAUAUGACUCAGCAAAACAAUGGUGAAUCUUCCAGUGAUUGGCAGCUAGAGAAUAUUAUACCGUUGCCUCGCGGAUAUGAUUAUUUCACUGUGAGUGCAGCUGAGGGACUCUUAUUCCUUGGAGCCACUACUCAAGAUCAAGUGGAUUUUGAUAUAGCUUCCGGGGUACCAUUGUCCAGGACUGAUUGGGAUAUAGAUUAUUUUUCCCUCGAGGUCAAGACUUCUGAACUGAGGAAGGUUUGUAGGAGCAGGGGGCAAUUCUUCCAAUCUGAACAUGUUCACUGGUACUUUGGCUACCCCCCGCCGUUGUCAAAACCAAGUAUAUGAUGUGGAUGAACUCGCUUUGCUUUCAGUGUCUCUUUUGUGCCAUGCAUCUGGAGCCUUUGCAGAGAAAUGGAGGAUGGUCAAGAUGGUGCUGCCGACCUUACUUGGGCAUUCGUUUUUCUUACGAGGAAUCAGCCAUCCUGUACCUCGCUAUAUGUGCGGUAUGAGGCAAAUGUAAAACAAGAGAUGCUGCAAGCAAGGUGGAUUAGUCCAUGUACUUCGCUACAUAUGCUUAUGUUAAGCGUGUCCUAGCAAGAAAUGUUGUAAUCUACGUGAUUUUUUGUGAACUUUUACAUCCAAGAGGCUUUUUUUUUGUGUGUGUGUGUAUGUGUGUUGGAAAAAUUGUCGAGUAACUUAUUGCUGUCAAAAGUCUCAGCAGUU